CUGUUACUAAUUUUCUAUUAGCAGUAGAAACAAACAAACGAACAAACUAGAAAGCAAAAUGCGAUGGCGGCAAUGAGAUCCGGUGGGAGCCUGGCGGUGCUAACUCGAGCGUUGAUCACUCGCUCCAAGGAGUCGUCUCGGGGAGCCACUCGCUACUUGAGCGCAGGCAAAGGCAAAAUCCUCAGCGAGGAGGAGCGCUUCGCCGAGAAUGUCUACAUCCAGAGAAAGGAGAGGGAGAGAUUGGAGAAGCAGAAGGCUGAGAAGGUAAAGGCCGAGAAAGCGAAAGAAAAUGCUGAUAAGUUCUUGUUUUCAGGGAAGCUUUUGUUUCAAUUCUUGCAUUGAAUCUGCAGUGAUGAAGUCUUGGAACGAGUCUGUUAUGUUUUCUUGUCCUUGACUCCCUUUACAAUUUGUGAAGAUGAUAGCGUAUCUAUUGGAUUGAUUGUGUAUCACCUAAUGUUAAAGUCUGUGUAAUGUAAUUGAAGUUUCUACUUCCCCAUUUCAACUGAAGAGUAUCUUCUAAUUCAUAAAAUGUUACUUCAAGCA